AUGGGGGCCAGUCCGAGCUGCCCUAGCUGCGAAGCCAGUCCAAGCUGCUGUGAAGGAGGCGGAGCCACUGUGGCAGUCCCUGUGGCGUCCGAGGCAAAUCUGACUUGGGAGGAUGCUCCGCCGGUGGCGCCGUGGGAAGACCAUGCUGACAUGAACAGUGAGACCUCCGCUGCUGCUUUCGACAUGUCCACCUGUGAACUCCAGGUAGACUCUGUUGUCCUGUGCGGCCUGUCCCUGCGCCAGUCCCUGCGCACAUUUGGCAUGCUGUGGAUGGUCCCUCCCGAGACACGCUAUCCUUUCCGCGCGCGUGCUGCACCAGUCUCCAAGUUCGACAUCUUCGUCUCCCACACCUGGAACACGCCUGGAAGGUGGAAGGUUCUAUCUCUCAUGUACCAGACUGGCUGGCAGAUCUCCCUGGUGCUCCAAACGAUGGUAGCCUCCACUCUCUUCGUUCUGGGCGUCUGCGGGGUUCUGCCUCUCCCAUCCACCACCACCUUUGCCGGCAUCCCACCUGAGCAGUACGCGGCCUCACCGUGGAUACGCACUACCAGCCUUCCAGCUGCCAUCAUCGGCCUCUGUGUGGCGCCCUACAUAGGUGACCUGUUCAACAAGCAGGUAGCAUUUAUUGACAUGGCCAGUAUCGACCAGACCGAUGCAGAGCAGAAGAAGCAAGGCAUCUACAGCAUUGCCGAAUUCCUGAGGAUGUCCGGCGAGCUGCAGGUUCUUUGGUCGGCGGACUACCUCUCUAGGUUGUGGUGCAUUUUUGAGUUGGCGGCGUACCGCACAGCAAACCCGUCGGGCAAGAUCAGCCUGUCGCCUCUCUUCGUGGAAAGGGGCUUUGCGGUGCUUAUGUUGGCAGUCUAUGGCUUCACCUCAGUUUUCGUGCUUGCAGAGGCCAAGGUUCUGACGUCGGGAUCUGAAGCUUGGGUCUUCGGCUUCGCUCUGGUCCCAGUGUCGCUCUCUGUGCAUGCACUGCGCAAGAGCUUCCUUGCGAAGCACCGGCUACUUACAGCCCUGGCAAGCUUUCAGUUGGGAAAAUCCACGUGCAGUUCUGAAUUUGAUACGCGCUUCAUCCUCCGCUGCAUUGGCAGAUGGUAUGGUGGAGAGGAGCAGUUCGAGAACUUCGUGCGAGGGCGACUGCGGCAGGAGCUCAUCACCCAAAUUACCAACACUCGCUUCCGGCCUGGGUACUUCCUCGUCGCCAUUGUGCCUUCCGUCUGCGCGGGGUUGGACAGCCUCGUCUCACUGUGGAGAGGGGAAGCUCCUACAGCAGCUCUGGUGACGCACUUCCUGUGUUUGGUGCUGGCAUUCGACGUGUGCUGGGUCCUGAUCACCUUCAGGUCACAAAGUCGAAGUCCUAAACCCUGGUCCUCUCGGACGCCUAUGCAGAGCCGUGUGCGGGCCGCGCCAUCGACUAUGCCGUGUCAUUUCUCAUAUUUGCAGCAAGUGGCGUCGUCUUCAUGGCUGGUCUGCUGGGAUCAAGACUUGCGCGGAAUACUUUGA